AUGAUCUGGAUCUAUGAAUCAAGCCAUCGAAAAUUGCAUAAGUCCCGCACUCGUUCUUCUCCGCAGGGGACGGGGCAAUGGCAUGGUUCUGCUAGCGAGCCGAGUCUUUCCCGAUGCCACGACCCACUGCAUCCUUCUGUAGUUGAAACAACUCGCCCAAGCCCUGACCAGGAGCAAACUAAUGUGGAUAUUCGUGAUGCACGUGAGACAAACCUAGUGCGGCCUGGACAGGCACAGCUCGUGGACAUGAUCGACGCUGUGGAACGCCUCCGAGCACAGGUGGAGCACGCGGCCAUAACGCUCUCAACGCAACGAGAUAAUUGA